AUGCCUCCCUCCCCGACAUACGAGAGGCGAAUGGACAACUCCCCCAGCGCCGAUGGCACCGUAAAGAAACGCAGAAAAGGCGCCACUCGUCUUAGCUGUGCUGAAUGCCGAAGGCUCAAGCUGCGGUGCGAUCGAGCGAUUCCAUGCAGCUCCUGCGUCAAGAGAGGCUGCGGUGCUAUCUGUCCUGAUGGGUCACUUACCACCGGUCAAGGAAAUCGAUUUGUUUUAGCAUCUACUCAAGAAUUACACGAAAAAAUCUCAGAACUCGCGACCAGGGUUAGAGAACUAGAAGAUGCACUCCGCGCUUCCCACAGCCACCUUUCCACUGAACCCCAUCCUCUGCUCUCAGAAGAACUUUUAAAAAUCAAAGCUCCAUUGCAGAGAGAUAUCAACUCUAUUAAGCCGUCAGCGGCGGUCACUGUUAAGGAAGAAGAACAGAAUCCAGAUGUUGUAGAUGCCUUUGGUUCGCUGUCGAUCGCCCUCUCGGGAAAAACCAAGUACUUUGGUCAAACAGCGAAUUCUGUGAACGAAUUACCCGAGGAGGAGGAGGAAGAUGACCAUCUAAUCAGCCUGCAGAACAUCUUACCUCCUGAAAUCCUUAAUCGAGCGUCUUCAUUCCCUAUCUCCCACUACUCAGUGACUGGAAAUGUGGGAUUACAAACUCUCUACUGGUAUCUCCCACCUGCCGAAGUUGCUCAAGAGCUGCGUGCAAUAUAUUAUACGUACGCCGCGUGGAUGUAUCAUCCUGUCAAUGUGGAGACAUUUGAUACGGAAAUAUACCCAGCAUUCUACAAUCAAACCAUUGGUCCAAUACCUGACGAACCACUCUUGGCUCACAAAUUGUCAAUUCUGUUUAUGAUUCUCGCCAUUGGAUCUUUGAUGAACCAGGCUCUUCCUGCAUACAACCUUGAGGCAGAGAAGUACCAUCAGCUGGCCAGGGCGGCGUUGUUCCAUCAUUCAUUCUUCGAUAUACCAACCAUCAACGCCGUCCAAGCACUAUACUUGAUGACCCAUUAUCUCUUCAUAGAUGAGCGACAUGGCACAAGCUCCGGCGCUCGAUGGGCUACCAUGGGCCUUGCAGUGAAGGUUGCUCAGAGUAUUGGACUUCAUCGGGAUAGUGGCAAAUGGAAAGUCGAUCCCGUGGAAACUGCACGUCGGCGCGAAUUGUUCUGGGAAUUGUUCACAUACGAUUCCUGGCAGUCAUUUACAUUUAGUCGGCCACCCUCCUUCUUUCCCCCGCAUCUAGAUUGUAAAAUGCCGCAUUUGGAAAAUCCAUCUGACGAGCAGAGUUUCAACGCAUGGAAACAUCGAUUUGCGUCCGAAUGCAUGACUCUACUCCAUGAUCAAGCUUUCGGCGCUAAAAUGCCCACCUAUGCAACAGUCUUGCAACUGGACAGAAAGCUUCGUGCAUUCCCCGUUCCUCCCAUACUUCAAGUUGCCGGGUUCGGCAAUUCUGAGCCGCGGCAAGGAGGGUACCCUGACAGCGUGAUGCUCACUCUGCAGAGACAUAUUGUAUUGGCUAUUCGUGAAAUGAACCUGCUUUAUUUGCACAGGAGCUUCUUCGCUCGGGCCAUUAGUGAUCACCCGAAGGAUCCCCUGGGGAGUCCUUAUGGGACUUCAGUUAUUGCUGCAUAUCGAAGUGCUGGAUCACUAGUCGCCAUGAUGAGAAAUUUGCACACGCAGUUGAAGGAGCCAAGUGAGCGAAUGUGGUUUCUGUGGACACAUAUGUUUUCGUGUUCGAUUAUUUUGGGAUCUAUCGUGACGAGGUGUCCAUCCAUGAGUCUUGCACCUUCUGCUCUAGUGCAACUAGAUUCGGCUUGUGAGCUAUUCUCAAAGGCCGCUCGAGGUUUCCGGGCGAAUAAAGUUUUGAGCAUCAUGCUCCAUUUGCAAGAAAAGGCCCACUUCAGCUUGGAUGAAUUUAGACGAGGAAAAGGUUCCCCUUUGACAAGAUACAAUCCCUCUUCCGGUCCGAUUACCCCUGAUGCCGACGAUGACGAACUGUCUGUCUUGGGUGGGAAAACUCGACUUGUGUCCAAGAAGGAACCGUCCUCUCCGAUCUUAAUGGAGAGAUCACCAGUGUCGCAAAAUCCUAUUGUUCCUCUGCCUUUGUCCCCUGGACUUCACAACAAUUUGCCUGAGAGUGUCCGAGAAUAUCUGGACUCUUUCAAGGUUCAAGGAGGACAAAGCCAGCAACAACAAUCGGUGUUCAACAACCACUCGUCGAACCACAAUUCAUUCAACUCCAACCAAUAUUCUGAUGCGUCUGAGAUUUCUCCUGUGUCAAUGUACGGAAUGUCAGCUAUGCCGACGUCAUUCCAAAGCGAACCUAGUUCCUUCCUUCCUCAGCAGUCAAUGCAAAAUAUGAUGCAGGCUGGGCAGGGAUCAAGCACAGCAAUGGAUACGUCAAACAGUCAAAACGAGUCCAACUUCCCGCAGUACUUCCCUGUAUAUGAUUACGGGCUGGCGUCGUCAUCAAGUGGGUUCCAGAGGGGAAGCGGCAGCGGUAGUAUGUUUACGCAGGAUCAGCCGCUUGUUCUGGAUACAAGUCCUGGACCAGCACACCGGAAAGCAUCGGGUUCACCUGAGGGACACAGUAACAUGCAGACAACAUGGCUUGACUUUGUGAACACUAUGGCUAUGCAGUGA